CAGGAGCGUCGGUUAAGCUGAGUGUGUAUCGUGGUGCUUCCUGCCGUGUUGCUGUGGAAACAACACAAUUAAUCACUUUAAAUGUGUUGUUUGCUAUCAGACGUUAAUCCUAUCUAUUGCGGAGGUACGCUGAUGGCUUGAGUUUUUAGAGAGUUGGUUAGUUCAUGCGAUAUCGCAUCAAGCAAAGCAACAACCCGGCUAUUAUCAACCAUGGCCGCUGUUGACAGCUUUCAGCUUCUGUCCAGAGAAGUUGCUCGGUCAUGCAGUUCUUACUUUGAAACGCUGGCUUUGAUCGGAGCUCUGUACACGACCGCUAAAGCAGUCAUCCUAUUGCGCGACUGCUGUUCCCUGAUAAGGGUGCAUUUUCUCCCUCGAGUCAUUCCAAGGAAGAAGCUGACCCAGCGUUUUGGUAAAUGGGCUGUCAUUUGUGGUGGAUCAGCGACUAUAUCCAUUGCUUAUGCAGAAGAGCUUGCUAAGCAUGGCAUCAGCAUCAUCUUUAUAAGCCAAGACCAUUCCUUUAUUGGCGAUUUUGUGACAUCCCUCUCCCAGAGCUAUGGCGUGGAAAGUGAUGUCAUCUUUGCUGACUUCACCCUGGGCCAGGCAGCCAGCAAGCCAAUUAUAGAUGCCCUUAGGGGUAAAGACAUUGGCUUUUUGGUGAACUGUGUGGAUGAGUCUCUGGCUUUCUCUCAGAACCUGAUUGAGAUGUCUGAGCAGAGGCUGUUGGACCUUGUGAAUAAGAAUGUAGUUGCUGCUACUCUGAUGACUAGGUUGGUACUGCCCGGAAUGCUAGAGCGAAGCAAAGGGGCAGUGAUCAACAUAUCUUCUGGUGCAAGCUGUCAACCCUGGCCAGGGAGAGUGGUACUGACUGCCUCAACUGGGUACCUGGAUAAUUUUUCUCGAGCGCUUCACCUGGAAUAUGGCUGCAAGGGGAUCUUUGUCCAAAGUCUGAUUCCUUUCCAGGUGGCCUCAAGUGGACAACCACCAUCAGCAAAGGGAGGCUGGCUGGUGCCAAAGCCAGAGGUUUAUGCUCGCCAUGCCAUCUCCACCCUGGGCAUCUCUCAUAGGACCACAGGCUAUUGGCCUCAUACGCUGCAGUACGGGCUGAUGAGAUGUAUUCCAGACUGGAUUUGGGAGUUGUGCUCAUACAUGCUCAUUAGGUCAAGCUAAGGACUCUUCUCUAGUAGGAGACACAGUCUCUGGAUUUACCAAUAACUGAACUAUUUCUGAAUCAAUUUAUUUAUUUUAUUUAUUUAUUUUUUUGCCAGUAAAAUCUAACUGAGUGUUAGCCGUGAGAUUUUUUGUUUUGGUGUCCUUUUUGUUAAGGUUGUUAUUUGGGACUCAUUGAACAGUUUCUAUACACUGCUAUUAUUACAUGCUAUUACUGCGGCAUUGAGUUCAAAUUUAGAUGGUAAAGACCCAUGUCAUUUUGAUCGGUUGCUGCAUUGACCAGACCUGUCAAAAUGGCAUCAUCAAUUCCAAAGGUAUAUUUCCAGCUGGUUGUCUGUGAUAUUGUACUUUUCCAGUUGGCUGUCAUUGGAGGUGGACACUGACGUAAUAUGGUCUAGACCUUUUCUAGAGUGCAUGUCAGUACUGACAAAAGCCAAUGCUUCUUGCCUUUUGUUCUGUAAGAUAUCAACAGGCUGCCAUCUCUAAGGAAAUUGUCAAUUCUGGCAGAUGAUAAUAUAUGUUUAUUCAAAUAAUGCUUGAUUGUAUUCUAAUAUAUUGCAGCAAUUCCCUUUGUAAAAACCACGAGUACCUCUUCAAUUGUUAAUUUGAAGAAGUACUUGUGGUUUUUUAGGCUUUGAAUUGUUGAAAAGUCAUGCCUAUAUUCAACUAUUGCCUCAUGACUGAAGUGAGAUUAAAUCUGAAUAAGGUUCCCAUAACUUGAACACACCUUCAGUUUAUGUGGCUUCCUGCAUUGAUUAAUGGUAGUAUUCUAGUAGUAUCAAUGCAACAGGCAUGGGUGCAAGUCCAUGAAUACUGGGAUGUCAUCCAGCACUUUACCUGUGCCCCCGUUCAUAAGGUUAAUGGUUGUGUCAGGAAGCGCAUCUGACGUAAAACAUUUUCCAAAUCGGAAUUGUGGAUUGACAAGACCAUACCAAAUCGGCUGAGGCCCCAGUUAACAAUGGCUGCCAUUGGUGCUGUGCCCUCACAGAGUACCGAUGUAAACUAUAAAAUCCACUGUGGCGACCACUGAAAAACAGGAAACAAGCCGAAAGAACAAGAAGAAGUAGUCUAGAAUCGAUGUGAGAUAGUGUUCCCUUUGUUGUUCACUGUGAAAGACAAUAUAUAUACCAAAUGAUUGAGUGGUGGAAAAUGGUGAGAAAGCAAUGAUCAGGUUCAACUGGAUAGAGUUUAAUUUACAAUGAGAAACUGUUCAACAUGCUUUCUUAGGACGUCACUCUGCGAUAACGGCUGUCAUCUAUAAAUGCUGACAUAUUCUGAGGAAAUGAGCAAUAAAAGUUGU